AUGCAUCAGCCCCCCGGCUUUCGUGAUCGAUCUUUUCCGGAUCAUGUUUGCUUACUUCAGAAGUCCAUAUAUGGACUCAAGCAAGCACCGCGAGCGUGGUAUCAUUGGUUUGCUCAAUUCAUUACAGGGUUCGACUUUACUAACAGCAAAUCUGAUUCCUUUUUGUUCAUCUACAGACAGGGCGCUCAGACUGCGUAUUUAUUACUUUAUGUUGAUGAUAUCAUUUUGACUGCAUCAUCUUCCAUUCUCUUACAUAAGGUCAUCACCACUCUUCGUUCAGAGUUUGCCAUGACUGACCUAGGCACCCUGAACUAUUUUCUAGGUAUUGCUGUUACUAGAGACAAACAUGGUAUGUUCUUAUCACAGCAGAAGUAUGCCAACGAGAUCCUUGAGUGGGCUAAGAUGCUCAAUUGCAAACCAGGUCGCACUCCCGCCGACACAUCAGCUAAAUUUGAUGGCAAAGUUCCUCCUGUCACUGAUCCGACUCUCUACAGGAGCCUUGCAGGAGCUCUUCAGUACCUUACAUUCACGAGACCUGACAUCACUUAUGCAGUUCAACAAGUUUAUCUUUACAUGCAUGAUCCUCGAGAGCCUCACUUCUCCGCUCUCAAGCGCAUUUUGAGAUACAUUCGAGGUACUCUUGAUCAUGAUUUACAACUAUAUGUAUCUCCGUCUCAUGGUCUUAUUGCCUAUUCUGAUGCCGAUUGGGUUGGUUGCCCCACCACACGUCGCUCCACUUCCGGCUACUGUGUUUUUAUGGGUCAAAACCUCCUCUCUUGGUCGUCCAAGAGACAAGGUACCAUUUCAAGAUCCAGUGCUGAAGUUGAGUAUCGGUGA